AUGCCCGCUGCACCCGUUGACGCUUCGACCAAAUCCCUCGCUAUCCCCCACUCCAAGUACCCUCAGAAGCAAAUUCCCAUCCUUGGAUUGGGUACUUGGCUCUCAAAACCUGGUGAGGUCGAGCAGGCCGUCUACGAUGCCUUGAAGGCUGGAUACACCCACAUCGAUGCUGCUGCCAUUUACAAGAACGAGAACGAAGUUGGCAAUGGCAUUAAGAAAUUCCUUCAGGAGACCGGCAAGAGCCGUGAUGAGCUUUGGAUCACAUCCAAGCUCUGGAACAACUCUCACCGCCCUGAAAAUGCGCCCGCGGCUCUUGAGAAAACCCUCAAGGAUUUGCAGAUCGACUACCUCGAUCUCUACCUCGUCCACUGGCCUGCAGCUAUGCAGGGCGGUGGAGAAUUGAUUCCUAAGGAUGAGCAUGGUCUCCCUCUUGUCGACCGCGGGGUUACUCACAACGACACCUGGCGUGCGAUGGAGGCUCUUCUCGAGACUGGCAAAGUCCGCAACAUUGGCCUGAGCAACUUUACUCGCGCUGAGACCGAAAACGUGUUGAAGACUGCAGUCCACAAGCCCGAUUUCAUUCAGAUUGAGGUUCACCCUUACCUCCAACAGACCGAAUACAUCAAGUGGCUCCAGAGCCAAGGUAUCGUCGUCGAGGCUUACUCUCCCUUUGGCAACCUCAACCCUAUCUACUCCGUCGGAGAUGAAGGUCGCAUUAUUGACAAACCUGAGGUCAAGAAGAUCGCCGAAAAAUACAACAAGACCCCAAGUCAGGUCGUCCUUUCCUGGGGUGUCGCCCAUGACCUUGUCAUUCUACCUAAGUCUGUUAAUGCUAAGCGUAUUGCCGAGAAUGUGGGCAUCUUCGAUUACGAUGCUGAGGACACUGCUGCUAUCGAUGGCAUCAACCUUAACCUCCGCUACAACGAUGCCUCGACCGACUUUGGCUAUGUCUUCUUCUCCGAUGAAAAGUCUCCGGCAAAGAUUGCUGAUGCUUUCUUGGAACUCUCCAAGUCUGCUGUUGCAAAGGCCAAGGGUGCCUAA